GUCGGUGGGUGUGUGUGACACAGCUGACGCGCUCGAGCCAUACCUCCAUCACCUCAUCAUCCUCCAGCUCCGGUGUGUGUGUGUGUGUGAGAGAGAGCGAGAGAGCGAGCGCGCGUGCGUGCGUGCGUACACACCGAGCUUUUUUCUUUUCCGUUUUCUCCCCCCGCCCCCUACCCUUUACCGUUUCCCCAGGAAUCUGCGGAACCUAACCUAGCGGCGGCGGGAGAGUCGCGCGCUCACGGACGUCGGUACGAGGGAAAGAGGAAGAAGAGGAGUCGCGCGACCAUGUGCGUACCUGCGGCCAAGCCCGGCCGCCUUGCCUGCCCCGGCUCAUUGGCGCGGUGGCCGGCUGAGUGAGGGGCUCUGAGCUCCUGGUAUGGGCAGCGUGGGCAGUGGAGCCUCCAGCCAGCGGGCCAUCACCAUGAGAAGUGUGGGCACGCGGACCACCCCGAACGGGCCCCUGGCGCCCGCGCUGCCCCCAAACUCUGUCCGCCGGCGUCUGGAUGACCGCAGCUUCAGCGCUGACCGCCUGCCAGCACCGGCCACCAAGACAGCAGGCGUCACUGCCAACGAGCACUCCGAGCGCGCCGCCGCUUCUCACAAUGCGAAUCGGCAGCACACUGUCAACGGUGAGCGGCUGCUCUCGAACGCUCCUUUCUCCAAUGGGCCCAUGAGGAGGGAACCAGGCCACAGGCGAGGCGAGAGCCUGGAUCUGUGUGGAAACAGCAUAGUCCUCAACAUCAACAACAAUGAAAACAAGAACAGCAGCCAUCAAGCACCAGCGCAGCAGCAGCACAAGGACAAGAGUAAAGCCAAGACGGACAACCACAACCCUCCCAACAUCCUGCCCAUCUCUGGCAAGCUGGAGCAAGCACAGGUACAGCACGGCCUGAGCACCGAGGGGAAGGACCCUGACGCACUGGUCCGUCCCUCCGCCUUCAAGCCUGUGGUGCCCAAGAGCUUUCAUUCCAUGCAAAACCUGGUGUGCCCCCUUCAGGCCAGCGUGGGAGCAGGUGGGGGCACGUCAGGCAGCGGUGCUGGUGAGAGAGGUGGGCAGGGUGCCUCGGGAAUCCGUCCGGAUGAGGAAACCCCUAACAGCCGAGGAACACACUCUGGCGGAGGUAUUCGUACUGGCCAGGGCAGCCUGUCUGAUUCUGGCAGGAAUUCGCUGACCAGUCUACCCACGUAUGCAGGUACGGGUUCAGGCUAUGGCCCUCCGCCGGCCCUUGGGCCCCUCAGUGCCUCCACCAGCCACAUCAACCGCCUGGGUACUGCAACAACCGGCCUGGACAAGCCAGAUAAACCAGGCUACCAGAACGGCCUGAGUGCCUCUGACAGUGGCCACUCGUCUUCAGGCAAGAGCUCGUCAUCUUAUCAGCGCCUCAGCCACUUGAGUGAUGCGCCGGCGCCCUUGCGGCCAUCGCCGUCCUCCGACGACGUCAUUCGUGACCUAGAGGACCGCUUAUGGGAAAGAGAGCAAGAGGUGAGGAUGGAGGUACUCCACAUGAGACGGAACCUGGAUCAGAGCGAGGCGGCAAUCGUGCAGGUGUUCGAGGAGAAGCAGCGGGUGUGGGAGCGCGAAAUGGAGGAACUGAGGCAGAACUACGCCGGGCGGCUGCAGCAGGUGACCCGUCGCGCCCAGCGUUCACAGCAGGCCCUGCAGGCCCAGAUCAGCCGCCUGCAGCAGGACAAGCGCAGGCUCCAGGACGAGAUGACGCUGCUCCUGGCCCAGCGUGAGGAGCUGGAGAAGAAGUGCCUGGACUACAGGAAGGAGCAGGCCGACCUCCUGCCAAAGCUGGAGGAGACCAAGUGGGAGGUAUGUCAGAAGGCAGGUGAGAUCUCCUUGCUGAAACAACAGCUGAGGGAGAGCCAGGGCGAGGUGACCCAGCGUGCUGGAGAGAUGGUGGCCCUGAGGAAUCAGCUGAAGGAGCUGAAUGCCCAGCUGAGGGAGCGAGAGCAGGCCGAGAUCAGCCUGAAGGAGUCCUUCUGCACCAAGACGCUGGAGCUGGAGCGCUGCGAGGCAGAACUGCAGGCCAUGCUGGCCGAGGUGACCGUCCUGAGAGACAAGCUAAGUGCGUUUGAGACGGAGGUGGCGGGGCUGAAGAAAGCCCUGAGUGAGCUUAGCAACACCGCUAGCACUCGCACCACCGAGCCCAGCUUGGCCGAUAUGGGUCAGCUGGUGCUGUCUCGUAGCCGGGAACGCCUCCUCUCGCCACUGAGCCCGCCAGAGACGCCCACCUCGUUGCCCGCUCUUUCAUCUCUGCCCACUGUUCCCUCGCUCCCCCCUUUGCCUGCUCUGCCCGCCCCGGACCCGCUGCUCAGCCUGCAGAGCGAUGAUUCCAAGGUGCAGCGGCAAGAAGCGGGCGACCUGCGGCGCCAGUUGGAGCUACUUCAGGGGGAGCUGCGUCUGGAGCGCCAGCAGCGCGAGCGCCAGGCACUCACCUUCGCCCAUGAGCGCCAAACCUGGCAGGGAGAAAAAGAGCGUGUGCUCAAGUACCAGGCACAGCUGCAGCUCAGCUAUGUAGAAAUGCUGCAGAAGAACCAGGCACUGGAGGAGCGCGUCGACCAGCUCGGAGCCCAGCUGGCCACUCCGAUCCUGGUAUCGCCGGCAACACCAACUUCACCGCCUCCAUCCGCUAGUCUCGAGGUGCCCACGACAGCUCCUGUGGCCGUGUCAAUCACCUCCCCGACUCCCCCGGUCGAAGAGAAAAAGGUGCCCGCCCUGCACCAGCUGGCGCCCCCGUGGCCCGUUCCCACUCGUCUGGAGAGGAUCGAGUCGACAGAGAUAUGAUGCCAGUAAAUGUGACCUCUUUGAUGCAGUAUAAAAAAAAAAAAGAGAAACACUUAGAGCACCAGUUACAAUAGCGUUAAGUACAAACCCUCCUGAAACAAAAACGUCAUGUCUAUAACUUCUGAGGACAGUCCAAGGAUGCCCUGCUGAGUGAGGCAGACGUCAGGGUUGAGGGGUGCAAGUUGCUAAGUAAUAUGUUUGUGUGGCCUUAUGACUGACCUAGGAAAAGCUCUGGAUCCUAAAAGGUGUUCGUUUGGGUGGUGGGGUGUGUAGGAAGAGCUGGCCCUGAGUCUGUAGCCGAGUGGAGCGCGAAUAGAUGGAACACUCAGGGGAUAAGGGAUCAGGCAUUAAUAAUCCAGAUUUAAGGCUAGACUGUUGUAAGCUAGCUCUCAAUGCACGGUUCAUGAUAACAAAUACAUCACGAUAUAAAUCUCUCUCAAGUUAAACUUUAAAAACACAACUGAUAUUAUUUAAAGGUGCAGUGUUUUUUUUAAAAGCAGAAACAUAUAAUUUCAAAGAAAAAACAAACAAACUGUGAUUUGGAAUAUUGCCAUGCAGUGGAUGUGGCUAGUUUCUUCAUUUAGGUUUGUUUACAUUUUUCCGGCCUGGAAAUAAGUUUAACACCCCCUCCCCCCACCACUUCACGCUGGAAAAGAGCCGCUUAACUCCGCCCCUUUCCCUUAUAAGGCGACACAAAGCUAAUAUUUUCACUGCAAGUGCAUUUCACAUUACAGGCAGCAACCACGGGCCUGAACAAAUUACAGACUGCUCCUUUAAAUAAUAUCUCUCCAAACCUUACAGCAAACAAGAUAAUAAAUAUAUAGAAUAGCAUCCAUAUUAGCCGAAGAGACUCUUUUGUUUUUAAAUCUACGAAGCUACAGGGAGAGACGUGUGAUUCUCUUCCUAUCUAUGGUGCUUGUCCAUACCACACCAGUGUGUGUGUGUGUGUGUGUGUGUGUGUGUGUGUGUGUGUGUGUGUUUUGUUUUUUUUUCCAAAAUGAAGGACCAAAUAUUUAGGAGGCGUUGCUGGUCUCGAGUCCCCUCAUAGUGGACGUAGUCGCGGUGGUGAUUACCAGUGGACUCCAUGACCUGGUGUGUUGUAUAGGAGCGUGCCUCAACCCUCCUGCUCUGAUAGCGAAAGCAGCGGCGGAGGACCGACACGUGGUCAAUUGGACUCGAAACCGUAUUAACAGAACAUUUCUGCUUUUCACCUUUGUAUUCCAUGUUUCCGAAACAAUGUAGAAUAUAUUAGAGAGCGAGCGAGAGGUAUUGGAAAAAGAAAACAAACAAACAAACAAAAAAAAACAACAAAUAGUUUAAUGCACUUUGCUUUGGUCUCAGACAAUGUUUCUUUUUAAGAGAGGUGUGUGUUUGAUGAACAGCAUCUGCUGAGUGAGGUUUGGUUUAUGAAGCUGCUAGUUAGCGGAGGAGUCAGCGGCUGAGCCAAAAAAAAUUAUUUAAAAAAAAUAAUGAAAUAUAAAGUGCUAAGAGGGAAAUUAGAUUAGCGUGUGGUCGGAGCACGGCGUACUUCUGAAGCACGGUCCGUCCACCGCUAAUGAACUAUUGAGUCUGUUUAAGUGGGACCUUACCUUCUUCCAAAAAAGAAUAUGUGUCAAUGUAUACUUUCUGAAAGUAUCAUUUAGAAUAUUUGACUUAUAAAAAAAAAAUAUAUAUAUAUAUAUAAUAUGCAGUAGAUUGAAGUGAUGUUUUGAAGUAAGUACACCGUGUACACAGGCUUCGUUGCCAUACCUGAGUUGUGACUGGUGUGGUUUCGAGGGGGAGUAGGUAGUGCGAUUGUGUAGUGUGAAUUCAGAUGGUUUAGAUAUAUUUACAACCGGCGGUGACGAGAAGAUGGAGGUCGAAAAACGGUAGCAUUAGGAAAAAAGAAAAAAACAAAAACAAAACAGUAACACCUUUUGUCACAAAGCCUACAUCAUCAUCGUUCUAAAACACACCAUGUGACGAUCAAACGAAUUAUUUUAUAUUAUUCUUUUAUUACUGAAUGGUCACUGAUACCCCAGUUGCCCUCUUAAUCCUGCUAUUAAUUGCGAAAUUGCCACUAGAAGUGUUUUUUUGUUGUUGUUUUUUUACAAUACUUAUGAGGAAAUGAGUUCAUGUACAAAUGAAAUCACUCAGGUAUCACUUUUGGUGUCGAAUAGCGAAAAGGCAUAGGCUCAGUGAAAGAUUCAGGAUAUUAGAUGAAGCCCUAAUGUGCUCCAUAUAACACAGAAGACUUGUAGUAAUGUAGGCUACAUGCCAAUUAGACAUGUGCUAAUAACACAAUACACCGUGAUAUUCAACACACAUGAUAGUGUCGUCAUGGUAACUUAUCAAAAAUAUUCCUAUCAUCGGACUUUCAUUCUGCCUAGUACACAGCAUGAAAGUUUGAUGAGCUGUGUAAUGGGCUGGCGUUUUGGCCAAAAUAUCAUAUCACGAUACUUCAUGAUAAAUUUCACAAUAUACUAUGCGUAUAGAUCAAAAUAUUGAGAUUUUUUUUAACCUAAAAAUGCCACAAUUAUACAUUGAUAUCUGGUUUUGAAGUUGAAUUUUGUAAAUCUGACAUUUGAUGGGUUUUUUUUUUUGUUUUUUUUUGGAGUUACUGUACGUCAAGUUGUGAGUUUAAAUUUAAACCGAAGUUUGACUCAGUUUUAAACUAGUCAGAUAUGUGUCAAAUUCCAAUCAAGUGCUACAUCCAAGUAGUUUGGAAACGCAAACGAGCACAGAUACGGUCGUUCAGCCAAUCAGUCAGCAAACGACAGCGCGGCCCAUGGUGAGUCAAAACUUAAUAAGCCAAAUUCUACUUUUUCUGAUUGUUUAAAAAAUGUAAAUAAAAAAAACCUCACAAACAAAAAGAAGCAUUAAAAAAAAAAAAAAAUCAUAUUUACAACAUGUAAAUCCAAAUCGUAAUGCCACAGCUAUCAGUACAUAAACAUAUCAGUAUAUCAUUUUUAACCAAUGAAAUCCUAGAAAAAUAUUUCCUGAGUAGGGAAGGAUGUUAUAACAGUUCUGACGAUACCCGUGAUAUUAUCCGAAAGGUUACUGCGAUUCACUUGUAAUUUAUUUUAUGAUUAUUGUAACGUAUUGUAAUAUCAAUAUCAGAUGGUCAUGCUGCCCAGCCAUAACGACGCGCACGCUUUUUGAAAUCCGAUAUAAUACCAGUCCGAUAUCAGAUCUGUGACCAAGUCUAAACGUGUUUCAUUUGUAGUUAUUCUUUCUACACUUAAGGUGGAAAAAAUGACUGAGAUUUGAGUCACGUGACUUUACAAAAAUGUCAAAUUUGUGUAAACAUCACAAGUAUUCAGGGGAUAUACACCGAUCAGCCAUAACAUUGGAUCCUACAGAAGAGCUUCUGUAGCACAAACUGCUGAAAAAGUUAACGCUGGCUCUGAUAGAAAGGAGUCAGGACACACAGUGCAUCACAGCUUGCUGCGUAUGGAGCUGCGUAUCCGCAGACCGGUCAGAGAGACCAUGCUGAGCCCUGUCCAUCCAUCCAGCGCCUACAAUGGGCACGUGAGCAUCAGAAUUGGACCAUGGAGUAAUGGAAGAAAGUGGCCUGGUCUGAUGAAUCGCGCUUUCUUUUACAUCAUGUGAACGGUCGGGUGUGUGUGCGUUGCUUACGUGGCGAAGAGAUGGCACCAGGAUGCACUAUGGGAAGAAGGCGAGCUGGUGGAGGCAGUGUGAUGCUCUGCGCAAUGUUCUGCUGGGAAACCUCGGGUCCUGGCGUUCAUGUGGAUGUUACUUUGGCACGUACCACCUACCUAAAUAUUGUUGCAGACCGAGCACACACCUUCAUGGCAACGGUAUUCCCUAAUUGCACUGGCCUCACUGCGCCAUGCCACACUGAAAAAAUUGUUCAGGAACGGUUUGAGCAAGAUGUCCAAAUUCCCCAGAUCUCAAUCCAAUGUAGGACGUGCUGGACAAACAAGUCCGAUCCAUGGAGGCCCCACUUCGCAACUUACAGGACGUAAAGGAUCUGCUGCUAACGUCUUGGUGCCAGACACCACAGCACACCUUCAGAGGUCUUGUGGAGUCCGUGCCUCGACGGCUCAGAGCUGUUUUGGCGGCACAAGGUGCAGGUGGUUUUAAUGUUAUGGCUGAUCGGUGUAAACUGUAAUAAGAAUUUUCUACAACGUACUAUCAGCACAUGCCUAAUACUAAUUCAAUCUUAAAAACUACACUGCUGUAAUACACAAUCAUAAACAUACGAUUUUAUUUUUCUUAUCAUGUGACCAGAUUUGUACGCUUGCUUAUUUAUUUAUUUAUUUAUUUUUGUAGCUUUAUGACACUAGGUGUUAAGCGAGACAUAAUCUAACAAAGCUUUAGAUGGACACCACCCCUCUACUGUCUUUGGCCACAUUUGCUGCUAUGUAAUUCUGUUGUGUCCUGCUGUGUUCUUGGUAGAGACAAAGGGGCAGUCGACUGCAUGUAAAUAUCAUUGUUAUUUAUGUGUACAUAUCUAUUCUAUCCAAAUAUACCGAGCUAUUGCGUGUGAAUACUUUUGUGAAUUAAUGAGACUGACAUGUCAGCUUUUAUUUUUCAAACUAUCGAUAUAGGAAUAUAAUAUAAUAUAUUAAAAUCUUUACCAAAAAAAUAAAAUAAAAUAAUAAUAAUGAUAAUAAGUUCAAUCGGCCAUUACGUGUUAUAAGAAGGGAAGACCAUGAGAGCCCCUGAUGUCUAUUUUCCCCUCCGUCUCAUAUUUCUCGAAAUGUUUGAAGGAAGGAUCUGUUGAAACUGUCGCCACUGUUUUCAUUCUGAGUUUUUUAUGCUUCAGAAAUCGUUUGGGGGGGGGGCAAAAAAUGAUAUCUUAGCAAAUAUGAAUUCAAUUAAUAAAGAUGUGAAUAAAAUUAAUUAAGUAUGAGGGUUUUUCAAAGUUUUUGUUUUCAUCAUAGGAUCAUAGAAUGAAGUAAAGCGUGGGAGAAGGGUACGACAUGAGAUAGAGUGACACUUUAAAUCACAAGUUUAAUUCAGAUCAACUCUUGGGCCGUGAGCUGCACCAACAAGGAUUAGAUUAAGCAGAGAUUUGUUUUAUUUGACUUUUUCUUUCAUUUGUGUUGUACCGCUUAAUUUGAAUCAUGGCUUAACAAUUCAGCGAUUAAAACCUCUCAUUAAAACUCUGACCUGGGAUUAA